AUGGAGACGGAGACGAGCACAAAGCCUCCAAAGGCCUCGAGGCUCACAGCAGAAGAUGAUGCACUAGCAUCCCAGGUACUGGAGAUCAUUGGAGGGAUAACUCUUCAGGCACUCCAGUCCAUGGAGGAACCUGAAGAAAGAGAUGGAUGGUCAAUGGAGGAGGGAGAUGACUCCGUGUUCUACAGUGAUGAGGACCAAGCUCAUCAGGACAUAAAAGCAAACACAUCUUGUGAUUUUGGUGCCAGUGUGUGGGAGCAUCUCGUCAACAGCGUGGCGGCUGAUGAACCAAUCCCACAGAGGGGGGACGAUCCGGGAGAAGAAUCCAUUACUGACAGAGAAAAGUCAGAGAUGGCAAAGGAAGUGACUCGGCAUGUCGUUGUGACUGAAGAAGAGGACCGCCAAGAGCUCCAGAUGCCGAAAACUGAACCUAUGGAUCAGUCCAAUCCUGCAAAUCCAGUAGCACCGUCUAAUCUAACUCCAGAGAAGUCAGUGAGCACCUGCGGAGAAUCUAUGCAACUAAACUGCACAAUGGCAGACAUGCAAACACAGCCUGAGCAAAAUAUAUCAGCAGAAAAAACCAAUCCACCAGUUGAGGAGGAAGAAGCGGUGCUAGAUGCACAGACAUUAAUCCUUGAAUCCUUUGAUGUAACUAAUGAGGAGAGUAACACAAGGCUGCACAGUGAGGCAGAAGUCCCAGAGCAGAUUUCUUGUGCCGACCUCCAGGUAUCACGUGACAGGCAGCUUCAGAUGGAGCAGGAGCCAGAGCAGGAGCGCCACCUUCACAUCGCUGUGGGGUUUGAUCAAAACCCCGGCACAGGCUACUCCACUCUGCCUCUGCCAGAAAAAUCUGGUCACGGCGACGGCCACCAGAAAUCCUACGACCACCUCACUUCCUCCAAAUACAGCACCGUGUCCUACCGCAAGAUCCGCAGAGGCAACACCCGCCAGAAGAUAGAGGAGUUUGAGUACAUGCUAAUGAAUUUGUAG